AUGGCUUCUAGCGCGUCGGGGUCGUCGUUAGAUGAUUUGAGCGCUGAUGAUGCGUGGGAAACAGAGCUUGAAAUAGCUCUAUUGAAAGGUACCGAUUUCGCAGACAUCAAGUCUAUCAGCCAGGCUCGUCCAGUUCCUGCCAGACUGCGUCGCGACCUUUGGCGUUCGUGCUUGCGUGUAAGCCCUAGUAUCGGCGGAAUGUCAAAUUUUACGGAGAUCUAUGAUCUUCCAAAUCAGGAACAACUUCAUUCGGUGUGUGUAACUGCGGCAUCUAAGGCCAUUGCCUCCAUCUCGAGGGCAAUGUCGUCCAACUUGUUCAUCCUCAAAGAACCCCCAAAUGUGCCCCAGCUAACUAGCGAUUUCGAAUCCGUGCUUACUCAUUUUUGUCAAACCUACGCGCUCCCGUUUGUCUCGGACAAUGGAUGGAUUUCUAUACUCUCCACUCUCUAUGUUUUUCUUCACCCCAUUGAUCGGGAAGACCUCUAUGUCUGUUUCACUUCUGUAUAUCACCGCUUCAUACCUAGCGGAACCCAGGACUCACACAAACUUGCUCCAGAAGCCUACGCAAAGUCAUGGUUGGACAGCCUGUUCGCGGAUUGUCUGUCUGAUGAGGCCCUUCCCGCUUUUUGGGACAUAUACUUCCUUCUUGGCGAACCAUUAUUUGGUAUGCUGGUUGCCUUAGUCCUCCUCGUCAACUCUAAAGAGAGGCUGAUGGAAAAAGAAAUGCAUAUCGAUCAGGAAACGAAAGAAACACUUCCUCUGAAUGAAAACGAUCAUGUGAAGGUUGCUGAACGGAAUGCUACGAUUACUUUCUCAGAAGCAAGGAACGAAAUACUGGUUGAAUUGCGAGGUCUGCCGAAGCCAAUGCGGCCAUCAGAUCUAUUGGCGUUAGUGGAAAUAACUCGGGCGUAUAGUCACAAAACACCUUCGUCCUUCAACACUAGCUAUCUUCCUUUCCUAUUUGGAGCACCGAGUCCUGAUAGCGAUAAUCACCUUUUGGAUGGAGCACUCUCGCUGUUGAUUUCCGUGGAGGAUGUCUUGAGCUCUCAAGUCUCAUGUCGACGUCUUCAUCGAUCACCUCCAAACUUGGACAUAGAGAUAGAAGGAGAGGAAGAAGGGGCAGUUCGCUUUUUCCUUGUCGACUGUCGACCCGCUGAGCAGUACAACGCUGGCCAUUUGGAAACCGCAUUCUACCUUGAUACCGAACUCAUGCUAACCAAUCCAUCUGAAUUCAACAUCAGUGUACAAGUAUGUCACCUUCGUCCAUCCUCUUGGAUGUUUGUACUGUCGAACAUCGGGCUUAAAUAUAGUCCUGCUUAUUCAUUAAUCCCUCUAACGUUUUGUUCCGUUUCACUUCACCUUUUUUGUCACAAAUUUCUCCCAAGUUUUUUGGCAAAAUGA